AUGCGAGCAAUAGUUUCGGAUUUACAACGAGCUGUAUUCCAAGCAGAUGAUGAGCGGGUUGUUGCUGUCGCUAAUAUUAUAAGGAUCGGUACGAAAAAAAAGAAAAAACCAACGUUUAUUUGUUUAGCUGUAACCACGGAUCAACCAAUCUCAGUGCGAUUAUAUUUUGUGAAAAAUGAAAAAGAAGAUUUGUUCAAAAAAAAAGAACAAUUCAAUUUGAGGAAUGUUAAAAUAGUCGAUGGUAUCAAUCCUCGCAAGUAUCUGCCAGAAUUUGAAUUAAUUAUUGGUGAACGGUUAUAUCGAUUAUGUGCUUCCAGUCCCGAAGAAAAGGAUGCCUUCAUUAAACAAAUGUACAAGUUUUCAUCAAAAUAUCUUCCUGUGCAGAAGCCAGAUUUUGUCAAUGUGCCAAUCCCUGUUGAUACUCCACAUGUUACUGUAACUGUAUCUGAGGUUGAUGAUGAUGCUGAAGAAAAUUUAGCUGAUUAUCAGGUUUUUUUCGCCUUCAAUCUUUUUUAUCAAUAA